AUGGGUGAAGGAGAGGCAUCAGAGAAGCUAGGGGCAUCAGACGUGAAAGGAGAGGGGGUGGAAAAGAUUGAGGCUGUGAUGGAGAAGAAUGAGGAGCAAAAUGGAGUGACAGAAAUAGUUGAAGAUAAAAAGGAUGAAUGGAAAGUUGAGGUCCAGAAAAUGGUUGCAGACAAAAAGGAGAUCAAAGAAAGCAAGGGAACUGAAGAAAAAGAAGCGGAGGAGGAAAAUUUAUCAGGUGGAAGCAAAAAGGAAGAAGAAAAUGAAGAAAUGGGAGAGGAAGAGCAUGAAACUACAGGAGAUACGGGAAACGAAGCAACCAAGAAUGAGGCAAUGGAAGAUGGCUCUGGGAAGACCCCUGAGGAGGAGAUGGAGGGUAAGGUUGAAGAGGGGGUUGCUGGAGCAAAAGAGGAAGAAAAACUGGGACAUAAUAAAGAGAAAAAAGGCUCGAAGAAGCGUCCUAGAACAAAAAGUAGUGCUGCAAAAAAAGAGAAAAGUACGAUGAAUGAAGCUGUAGAGAAGAAAGAAAAUGAUAUGAAAACCCCAACAGAGAAAAAACCAAAAGAGCCUAAAACCCCUAAGGAGAGAAAAGAGCCGACAAGCCCUACAGCUCCUGCAAUUCAACGUCCUGUACGUGAACGGAAAUCUGUAGAAAGGUUGGUCACCACUAUUGAGAAAGAUACUUCCAAGGAAUUUCGACUUGAAAAGGGUCGUGGCACUGCACUGAAAGAUAUUCCUAAUGUGGCAUACAAGUUGUCAAGAAGGAAGAGUGAAGACACUUUCAAAUUGCUGCAUACAAUUCUUUUUGGAAGGAGGGGAAAGGCAGCUGAAGUCAAGAACAACAUAUCUAGAUUUUCUGGAUUUGUGUGGCAUGAUGAUGAGGAAAAGCAAAUGAGGAAACUAAAAGAAAAACUUGACAAAUGCGUCAAAGAGAAAUUGGUGGAAGUCUGUGAUGUUCUUGAUAUACCAGUUUCCAAAUCUACUACAAGGAAGGAAGACAUAAUUGCAAAGUUGAUAGAUUUUUUGAUGGAUCCUCAUGCAACAACCAUCGAGUUGCAUGCUGAAAAAGAACAGUUGGGCAAGGACAAAAAGAGAAAGAAAGUCAGCAAAAGCAAUAUAUCAAUAUCUGGGAAUGCAUCUUCAAAAGGUUCUGCCAAGAGUCAAAAGAGAACUGAGACUGCAUCUGAAAAAGGGGGGGAGGAAAAGAGCAUGCCUGAAUUUGAUGAUGAAACAGAAGAAGAGAAAGAUGAAGCACACGAAGAGGAAAUUGUUAAUGGUGUUCCUGAAAGAUCAGAAAGUGAGACAUCUGAUCAAGGUGAAAGUGAGAAGGAAGGCGCAUCCGAAGACGAGCCCGACGAGGACAAAGGAAAGCAAAAGCGAGGUUCAGCAAAGAAGGGAUCUGGCGAAAAAGCCAAAACUAAGAAAGUUACAAUCUCUAAGAAGGCUACUCCUCUGCCUAAAAAAGCACCUGCAAAAUCACCAUCCAGUCAUUCAAAAUCUAAUAAUGAUAGUGUGAAGAAGCCUUCCAGUAAGAAGAAAAAUGAAGCAGUUAAGGAGAGGUCAUCAACUUUAAAGAAAUCUGCAUCAAAGGAGACAACUGGGAAAAAGGUUGUGAAAGGUAACGGCAAGUCCAAGGAGGACAAAGUAAAGCCAAGUGACGAAGAACUUAAGAAUUCGAUGUGUGAGAUUCUCAAAGAGGUGGACUUCAAUACGGCCACCUUCACUGAUAUUCUAAAGCAGCUCGCUGAGCGAUUCAAUGUGGAUCUGACACCGAGGAAAUCAUCAAUAAAGCUCAUGAUUCAGGACGAGCUAACAAAACUAGCCGAAGAACAAGAUGACGAAGAGGAUGAAGGUGAUGCCGAGAAAAAUGUUGAACAAUCUUCUAGCCGAGGUGCACAGGCCUGA